AUGGCGCACCGACACGUUCGUCAUCGCACCAUGCGGUUGCGAAAGCAUCGUCAUCGUCGAUCAUCGCCCAUCGCUGCUGCCACAACCGCAACUGCCACCGCACGACCUCAACAGCCUUCGUCAUCCGACUCUUCCGACGGUUCUGACUCGAACGAAGCAAAUGUCCCGGAAGCUGCUCUCGAGGAGCGUAGACGCCGAGCUGCGGAGGCCAAGAAUCUGGCCAAGGCGCAAGCGAUGCUCAACUCGGAAGUCAAGCAUGCAUCGCACGACAGUAAGGUGGUGAGGGCGGCGGAUGCUGCUCCGACAGAAUCGAGCAAUGUCGGAAGUGUGACUUCGGAGCGGGGGUCGUAUCUAGCGAGGCUGUCUGCUCAAGCUGAGGCUAGUGCUACUGCUAGGCGCGAGAAGAGGGCAAGGGGCGAGGACGAUGAUGACGAUGACGAUGAUUCGAUGUAUGGAAGAAGUAGACGAGGCGGGAUCGUUCGAAGGGUAGCAGAGAGACAUCAUCGCAAAGCGGAGAAGCGUGAAAAGCAACGACGCAUGGAACGAAUGCGUCGAAUCGCCGCACUCGACCCCAUGAAAGAAGCCGAACGACAACACGGUCAAGCCAAAGAAACCACCUUCAUGGCGCUCAUCCGCAAAUACGGCAGCAUGGCUCAAGAUUCUUCUUCAUAUACCACCGACGAUCAACCGCUUCGUCGUGGCGACCAAGAUGCGACGACGACAACCACCGACACAACUCCCACCUCGGAAUCCUCGUCCUUCGACGACGAGCACAGCGCAUACCUCGUGGACACGCUCGAUGUCGUAGACCCAGGUGUAUCCGCCGCAGGCCAUCUAUCCAACAUUGGCAAUUCUUUGAUCUUCCCCAACAUCCCCGGACUGUACGAUCGACGACCGGUGAUCGAUCUACCCGCCCAAGAGGUCGACGAGCAAGCAGCAGAGACCGAAGCGACCUUGCAGCUGGAAGAGGGACGUCAUCCACCUCGUCGGCACACCGGUGCGAAGGACCAUGACGACCUGCACCUCGACGCGUACGUCCACGAGCUGCUCACCAAGAAACAAAAGUUCAAGCGCGCGAUGCAAGGCGUAUGGGCGUUCCUCAAGACACCCGUCGGCGUGAUUGCGGGCAUCUACGGCUUUUUGGUGGUGUUCGGAGGUGCAGCGUUGGUGUUGUUCUUGGUCGGGGCGAUCGAUGGAGGAAAGAACAAGGACUAUUGGGUGGAGGUGUGGAGUCAAUUUGAAAAUGGGUUGUUUACGAUUCCGGGUGUGGGGUUGAUUCCGUGGAGAUUGAGGGAUACAUGGAGGAUGGGGUGGAUAGCGUACUACCAGCAUCUGACGUGGAGGUUGAGGAAGAAGAGGGGGUUGCCGAGGCUGCAGGAUAAGAAUGACGUUCCUUCGGUGGCGCAGAAGAAGCAGCACGAAAAGAAGAAGGUACCAGCAGAAGGUGAUGGGGAAGAUACUUCGGACGAGGAAGGUUCCGCGCCCGUCGAGCUGGACAGAGAUGCAGUCUUGACCCCACACCAAGCGACCCACCUCUACAACCUUCAAACCGCCUUCGCCGAAUCCCAAUCCUGGUACCGUCCUCACGAGACGUUCACGCACCACGCCUUCUCGAUCUCCUUCGCCCUCUGGAUUACGAUCUUCAACGAUCUCAACUCGCUCUUCCAAUGCCUGCUCUGCGGAUACAUGUGGGGCUACGCUACCCACUACCACGACCGACCCGCUUGGUCGACGGGAACGUUCAUGCCGUGCUCGUUCCUGGCGGGCAUCGCGGCGGGCGUGCUGAUCUGGAAGGGUGGAGAGCGGAGCAAGAAGAAGGGCGAGGUGGAGGAGAAGCUGUUGGCGGCGUUUGCGAGGGACGUGGAUGCAAGGGUGGAGAAGAUGCGUGCUGAAGCGGAGCAGGGCAGGAGGGAGGAGGAGACAGGGUUGGGGAGGGUGGAGGAGGUCGGGGAGACGAUCGAUUUGGGAAGGUUGGCGGGGGAGAUUGCGGAGAAGUCUUAA